AGAAGUGUUAACACGAAGGUAUCAACUGAAUUUGUAGUCCUCGUUUCUCAUUUCAUCCUCAAAUACGUACCUAUCUCGAAUUCGAAGUUGAAAUGACGAAUUUAUGCGCACGCUUUGUGUUUUUUGCUAUUUGCUUGUUCACUCAUUUGGAUAUAUCGCUGCAAACUUGCAAUGGUCCUCCUCCGUUGGAAUAUUAUAAGGAAACCGACAAUGCGGAUUUUGCCAUCAGAAUGAAAUCCGAUGGACAAAAAAUACACAUCACCAUCUCGUACGAUACAGACACCAAUUCAGCUGAUAAUUUUUUCAAGAGCCAAUUAACAGAAACUUUGAUUGACGGAUUUGCACAAUGCGGCGUAGUUGAGUUUAAUUACAACCCGUGCACGGUGGCUAGGUAUAAAGACCAAGUUCUAUUUUGCACUUCCGAGACGCAAUGCACAAACGAUAAAUAUCACAGCUGUAUUGCCAAUUCAUUGAAGUGUCCAACUAGCAUGGGAAAAUUCCUGAUAUGUGUUUACUCGGGUUCGUGUAUGCAACAGUGCGCUACUAAAUAUCAGCUGAAUUGGACGGAUGACAUAGAAAAGUGUGUUAAAGAUGGUCUAGGAGGUAAGCAGUGUAAUGAUUUCCAUACCAUGUUCGUAGAUGCUAAAUCCCAACAAGCGCCAAAUACUCCGCAAGCGCCAUGUGCCAUCACAAAUUUCAAGGACACCAUAUGCUGGGUGCUGGGACAAGCCGGAUUGAAGUGUGAUGCUAUGUGUUCUAAGUAAUUCGUUAUACAAUAUGAGAUUAUUGAUGGUUAUCGGUUGUUAUUAUGAAAUUAUGUACGUAUUAUAGGUACCCAUUAAUGUAAUUUAGCUUUAAUCAAUAAAAUAUUAUUUUUGGCAGCAUAUAAAAAUAUGAAUAUUAUAUUUUGUAUUAAUGGAGUUUCUUAUG